AUGGUUAGAUACGGUUAUCAUUCAACUAAUCCAAGUAAAUCUGCAUCAGCUAGAGGUUCAUACUUGAGAACUUCCUUCAAAAACACCAGAGAAACUGCUCAAGCCAUCAAUGGUUGGGAUUAUGAAAAAGCUUUAAAAUACUUAGAUCAAGUCUUAGAUCACAAAAGAGCUAUCCCAAUGAGAAGAUUUGCUGGUUCAAUCGGUAGAACUGCUCAAGGUAAAGAAUUUGGUGUCACCAAAGCUAGAUGGCCUGUUAAAUCUAUUGGUUUCGUCAAAGAUUUAUUAAUCAAUGCUAAAGCCAAUGCUGAAUCAAAAGGUUUAGAUACUACCAACUUAAAAAUUACUCAUAUUCAAGUUAACAGAGCUCCAAAACAAAGAAGAAGAACUUACAGAGCUCACGGUAGAGCUAAUGCUUACCAAUCAUCUCCUUGUCAUAUUGAAUUAAUUGUAUCAGAAGCUAAUGAAGAAAUUGAAAAAGCUACUGAAGAUAAAAAAGUUAGAUUAAACUCAAGACAAAGAGGUAGAUUAGCUGCUCAAAAAAGAUUAACUAAUUAA